AUGCUCUCUCUCCACAUACAAAACGAGUCCUCGCGGUGGGCAGCCCAGCAGCGCCCGCACCGCCGCGGCUACCCCGCAUCAUCGUCCCCCUCCGCCAAUUACCCCGCGAGCGGCCGCAGCCGGCACGAAGAGGACAGCGACGACGACAGCGUGUGCGACUCCGUCUUCUCAGCGAGCGCGCGGUCCCGGCGGUCGUCGGUCUCGAGCGCAGCGUCGGACGCGGGACAGGCGGCGGCGGCGGCAGCAGCGUGGGAGCCGCCGCGCGACCCCGGCGGCGGCGCGCCCGUCGCCACGUACGCGUCGCUCGAGCAGGCCGUGGCGCAGAGCCUGCAGCGCGUCGAGGCGCAGGGCCCGCGCCGCCUGGUGACGCCCGGCAAGCUGUACGAGAACGAGGAGGACGACGACGAGAUCGUCGAGGCCGACGCCGAAGAGCCUGCACCGCCCCCGCAACCGCGACCGCAGCCGCAGCUGCAGCUGCAGCACUACGAAGAGCGAUACCCCCAACUGCCGGCGCUGCGGGGGCGCUUGUAG